AUGUUAACUUCAACAUGGAAAAUACAAAAUGGUCUCAAUAAGCAACGCCCACUCGCCAUCUUGCUCGGCUUUCUUUGCUUAGGUCUAUUUUUCUUCUUUAUCGCAGCCGCCGUUGUCCUGUCACUUAUUCCAAUUUAUUUGGAAUCAAAAGCUGUACCUGCUACAUUAACAGCUCGAACAAUUGAAAUGGAACUAAACUAUCCAAUUUAUAAUAGUUCACUGGCAACAGCAAGAGCAGCACGAAUUUCUCGUCGUUCAAUUGUACCGAAAUAUGGCCCAGUUGAUCAAACAAGUUUUCCAGCCAUUAAUAAAAUGGUUCAAAGAGAUAUUUAUCAAUAUACUUCAAUCAAAGUUUCUCUGACAGUAAAAGUGCAUCAAGCGUCACUGCUAAACGGAUCAAUUGCCACCUUACAAAUUUUUGCUAGUUUUGUGUUUCCAGUAGAAUGUGGUCGUCAAUGUCAAAAUGCAACACUGGUUACACUGACAAGUAGUACUGUUGUAUUUGCAAAUUUAGAAUCAUUACAAAUUUCAAUUGAAAAUGUUUUAAUCGAUCUAUUCUUGCAACAAUUAUCGUUUGCGUAUUUUGUGUUAGCAUCAACAACAGUUGCAAUUACGCCUGACUAUUUUACUGGAACAACAACUUAUUCGAAUCCACUCUACUAUUAUACAUCAACAGGAGCAGCAAUCGCACCAGGAAGAAGAAAACGCAAUGUAGUCACAACAACCCCUAAUAUCGCCAAUAGUAUCAUGCCUGUUAAAGGGAUACUCAUGAUUAAUUUAGACAUUAACCAGGAGAAAUAUAGAUUGAUAAAACUGCAUCUCAAUAACAAUUUCACCUUUGUUAAAUAUCUUCCAAAUAAAAUCGAACGAAUUUCAGCUAUUCAUGGUCAUCACAUCAACUUACAUAAAAGUUUAGAACAAGGGAAAUUAACCAAAUCGGUGUACAAUCAAAUUGUACAACAAGAUCAAGUAGUUGGUGGGGAAUAUAUGACGUACGGUGCACUUGGAUGUUUAGAAUCACAUGUCAUAGCAUGGAAACGUGUCGUUAAAUUACAAAGUCCCAUGCUAAUACUGGAAGAUGAUGUGGUGCUGAGAACGCCAGAAUUUGAUCGAUGGUGGCCGUAUCUACUUUGGUCGUUACCAACUGAUUUUGAUUUAUUAUAUUUUGGUAAUAUGAUUGGGCCGGCAGUGAGCCCGGCGCUGAAAGAGUAUAAUGAAUUGUUAUGGAAAAUGACAGGAAAACAUUGGGGAACAUACGCCUAUUUAAUCAGUCCUAAAGCAGCUCAAAUCUUGUUGAAUAACAUUUAUCCCACGCAGUAUCAAGUUGAUUCAAUGAUAAUUCAAAUUGCUCAAAAACAAUUACUUAACGUAUUCAUGUCAAAACAAUCUCUCGUUCAAAUUGAAAAUCGUCGUCAACGACCAUCUAAAGUACAACGUUUUCUUAUUUCACCAAUUAUCAUUCCAAAAACCAUUCAUUUCAUUUGGUUAGCUAACAAUGAGUCAACAUCACUUCCAACUGCCUAUCAACACAAUGUAAACCAAUGGCGAAAAUUUCACCCAAAUUGGGAAAUAAAGGUGUGGACCGAGGAGGACAUAGCAGCGAUAUUAUUCCCACUGUACAAUCAACAUCUUUAUGAUCAAGCUCGAAACCGUAAACAACUAUCAGAUAUAAUUAGGUAUGAAUUAAUAUUUAAACAUGGUGGUAUUUAUGCAGAUUUGGAUUUUGAACCAUUGAGAUCAAUUGAACCUUUGUUACAUGGGUUAAAAGCAUUUGUCGCUUAUGAAUCAUCAAAAUUUAUUUGUAAUGGAAUUUUCGGGUCAACACCCAGACACGAAUUCUUGAAAAAUAUAAUCCAAGAUUUAGAUCACAAUUGGUCAGUAUAUAAAAAUUCAACAGUAAAUCAACAAACCGGGCCACAUUUUAUGACGCGACAAAUGAAGAAACAACAAUCAGCAACAAUAUUAAAUGGUUUUCAGAUAUUUUCCACACAUAUCUUCUUCCCAUUUUCGUGGUUUGAACAAGAUCCAGGGCAUCCUUAUGAUUCAACGUCUUAUGCUGUACAUCAUUUUAGACAAUUACAAAGUAGUAGAAAUACUACACUUACCGUAUAA